CUCACCCACGCACCACACGGCGGUCGUCAUGCUGGGGAGCGGCAAACAUUACAAAGACGUGAAAGCCUUAAGGCUAGAUGUGGCGGCCAUGAUCUCGGCAGCUGGCCGUAGCUUUCAUUCCGGGAAGGGAGGCGGCAGGCAGAACAAGUACAUCUGCAAUGGCGCCGCAGGAGGAUGCCAGGCGACCGUGCGCGCCUGCAGGCAGAGGUUGGGAGAGUUCAAGGUGACGUUCUUCAUCCCGGAACACAACGACUUGUCUGGCGGCAAGGUCGGAGCGAAAGCGGCUGCGCUCGAGGGCUUCGCCAGUGCCGCCAUGGUCAGCAACCCGACCAUGAAGGGCGCCGACCUCAAGAGGAGCCUGGAGCAGAGCACAGGACUCAGGGUCAGCUACAGCGCGGCGUCACGCCUGAAGGUCGCGGCCACGAGGGCAUCGAAGGAGCAACUGGAACACGGGUACCGCAUCAUGGACUCGUUCCGCCGUGUUAUCCUCAUGCUCGGGCGUGCUGCUCGCGCUGCGGUGCGAAGCCCGAUGAAGGUCGUGGGGAAGGACGGGGGACACCUCAAGGGAGAGUGGAACGGGAUGGUGCUGACGCUGACGUGCAAGGACGCAAACAACGAGAUGAUUCACGUGGCGACGGUGAUCGGACCCAAGGAGGACACCUCCCUCUACAAGACAUUGCUGCGCAACUGCAAGAAAAACCCGAAGAUGAGGGACCUGCUGGAAGACUCGAAGACAAUCUUCUUCACGGACCAGCACAAGGGGGCGACCUGUGCUCUGCGGGGAGAGGCCCCGCUGGCGCAGCACCGGUACUGCUUGAGGCACAUCAUCCUGAACAUAGAGAAGAUUGGCAGCGUACAGGCGCCACUGCUGGUGAUGCACUCGCCGAUGCGCUGCGACUCCCUUGGCACGUUCUACCGAGCAAGCCUCGCGCCUAUGUCCAGAUCAUUGACGAUUGGAAGAGGCAUGAGUGGGCUCACUCUGGUGGGCCCCGACACCGCACUCCAAGACGUUGUCACGAACAACCUUUCGGAGCCAACCAAUUCGGCGGUUGGUGUCGAGGCUAGGAAGCUACCGCCAUUGGAGCUGAUGAGGAGCGUCCUCGCUGAUACCGCCAAGAAGUUCGCCCAUAGUUCCACCCUCGGCAAUGGCACAUGGACACCCUAUUCUGCCGCGACGUUCGAAGAUCAGAGAAAGAAGUCCGCCGGGUAAGUGACAAGAGUGGAGAAUGAACGGCCGCGUUUGGGUUUUUCUGUGUAUGGGUACGUCCUCUUGUGGUUUCGAAGAGACAACCUAGUUCCUGGAGGACUCUCCUGUACUUGCACGGACGGGUGGUGGGUUGCCAACGGGUGGGUGUUCCAUGACAUGUUUCGAGGUGCACGCACGCCGCCGAGAUUCACAUGUACUCACCCGGUC